AUGCAUGUAUGUACUUACUCAGGUGGGAUCAGGAGAACCAUCUGUCUGGGGCGUGUUAUGUGUUGGUAUGCCGCUCCCAGACGUCACUGCGCCCCAAUCGGGCUUGACCCCCGGCGGUCAUCGUCGAAUCUGGGAGCACAUCGAGGGUGGCGGGGUUUUAUGCAAAAGUUGGUGCGAUCCAUGUUGUUGUGAAUGGAGAGAUGCUUGCUUUCAUUUUUAAUUUCCUUAUGCUGGCCGCGGGACGCGAGGAAGGAAAAAUCCCGCCACUUCGGAUUGCAACUAAUGAAAUGAUCCUGUAUCAUAGUCAGGCUAUGGGAGGUAAUCCUGGCUCUGAAGCUCAACUCCGUUUUGCGCAUCGCCAAUGCUCGAAUCGGUUUGUAUUGCAUUCCGGUUUGUGUAUUGCAUCCGUGGAAGUCACGGUCAAGUCGUCUAGGUCUAGGUCUCGUCUGGUGCUGAGAAGUUUCAUUUGGCGCUCAACAACCCCACCCGCCCCACUACACUACACUAGGCAGGUGCGGGGAAGCCCUACGUGCCCUGCAGGCUGCAGCUGGUAUCCUACGUAGUGGGGUUUUGACUCCAAAAGCCGAGCUCGCUUCGAAGUUCCAGAGUCCAGACCUCCCAUCGAUUGUAAACGCGAGAAU